AUGCAAUUUGAUGAAAAUGGAAAAGCUGUUAAACAAUACAUUGGAGAAGGUGAAAAUGGUCCAAUUAAUUCAUACCGUUAUAAUCCAUAUUCUUAUUUCAAUGAAGAAUUAAAUGCUAUUGAAGAGGGACCGGAUGGAUUACCACGAUAUUCUAACCAGUUUGAUGGUCAAUAUGCAAAUAUUAGACCUGAAAUUUCAGCUAAGAAAUUCUUUAAAGUUGCUUUAUUCGAUCCAGUUUUCGCAAAUGUUAAAGAUGAACUUAAACAGCAAUUCCAACCAAUUAUAGUAGCAAGAAUUGCAUCAGGUGCUUUAUCUCAAGCAUUCAAAGAUUUAAUUAAGAAACCAUUAUAUCAGCAACGAGGUUUAACUUAUGAUUUAGUUAAGGAAUCAGAUAAAAGAAAAUUUGAGAAAUCAGAUGAUUAUAAGAAUGCAAUUAAUGAAUAUAUUAGGUCUAUUAAUUACAAUGAAACAGCUAAAAAUCAACUUCAAGAACAAAUACAGGGAAUAAUAGAUUCAAAACUUCCAGCAAAAUAA